AUGGUUUCUCAACGAAUUCAACGUAAAGUAAAAGUUCUUGUGCUUCCUGGUGAUAAUGCUGGACCUGAAGUAGUUGUUGAAGGUGUUAAAAUUCUCAAAAUUAUUUCUAAAGUGAGAACUAAGUAUAAUGGUGUAGAAAUUGAACUUAUAGAAGGAAAGAUUGGUGGUAAAGCCAUUGAUGAUACAGGCUCUCCCCUUCCCGAAGAAACAUUGAAAGCUGCUAAAGAAUCAAAUGCAAUUCUGCUUGGUGCAGUUGGUGGACCUACAUGGCCUCGUCCUAUUGAUCCUAAUGACCUAUCGAAAGGUCUUGGCCCACGUCCUGAACAAGGAUUAUUAGAUAUUCGCAAAGCUCUCAAUUUAUAUGCAAAUCUUCGUCCUUGUUUUUUUUCUAGUGAUUCGUUGAUCUCUCACUCCCCAUUGAAGGAGAAUGUGGUUAAAGGUACCGAAUUCACUAUAAUUCGCGAAUUAACUGGUGGUAUUUAUUUUGGUGAAAGAAAAGAGGAAGAUGAAAAUGGUCAAGAAGUUAAAAGAAUAACUCGCCUUGCAGCACAUUUAGCACUUCAAAGUAAUCCUCCGGCAACAAUACAUUCACUGGAUAAAGCUAAUGUUCUCGCCACUUCCAGACUUUGGCGUCGUGUUGUUACUGAAACUCUUGAAAAAGAAUUUCCUACUAUUCCAUUUAAACAUCACUAUAUUGAUGCUGCCGCCAUGUUCUUGGUGAAAAAUCCAAAAUUACUUAAUGGUAUUAUUCUUACUGAAAAUUUAUUUGGUGAUAUUUUAAGUGACGAAGCAAGUGUCAUUCCUGGUAGUCUUGGUCUUUUACCUUCUGCCAGUCUUAGUAGUUUACCUGAUGGUAAAAAUAAAUGUUUGGGACUUUAUGAACCUAUUCAUGGUUCCGCACCUGAUAUUGCUGGUCAAGGAAUUGUAAAUCCCAUAGCAACUAUCUUAAGUGUUGCCAUGUUACUUCGUUAUUCUUUAAGUUUAAAUCGUGAAGCAAAAGCCGUUGAAGAUGCUGUUCGUAAGGUAUUAGAUGAUCAAGAAUUUGGUGGUUGUGGUUAUCGCACCAAAGAUUUAGGUGGUACUCAUACUACAUCUCAAAUUGGUGAUAAAGUUGUUGAAAUACUUGAAGGAUUUUUGGCGGGUCUUAAUGCGGAAGAUCGUAUUUCUGAAACGACUCCCACUCGUGAUUUAUUGUUACAAAGACCACCAGGUCGUCGUGGUAUGACUCUUUGUGAAAAGACAAUAGCUCAUGCUGCCAUUGGUCUUCCAUCACCAGGUCACGUAAAACCUGGUGAUAUGGUCUGUGUAUCUGUCGAUUGGACUUUGGCAUCUGAACUUACUUGGAAGGGUAUGGAAAAGACUUUUGACGUUAUGGGUCGUCCCAGUAUUCAUCGUAAUGAUCGAUUUUGGCUUGCUAUCGAUCAUACCGUCGAUCCUCGAAUUAACCAUCUUCCUAAACCUGCCGAGUUAAUCCAAGCCUCAGAAUCUUUUGCAAAGGAAGCUAAACUAGUUGAUUUUUAUCGUCCUAAUCAUACAAUUUUACAUACUGAAUUUUACCGAACACGUGCGCAACCUGGUCAAAUGAUUAUUGGUGCUGAUUCACAUUCAUGUUCUGCAGGUGCCGUAAGUUCAUUCGCCGUAGGACUUGGCGCUGCAGAUGUUGUUAUGCCAUUGGUAACCGGUGAGACUUGGUUUAAAGUUCCGGAAACCGUCGAAAUUAGAUUUGUAGGACAGCUUCCUUUCGGUAUUGGAGGAAAAGAUACAAUUUUAUAUGUACUUGGAGAACUUAAACGAAAUACUGUUGCUUUUGAACGCGCUGUGGAAUAUACUGGUCCCGGAUUAAAAUAUCUUUCAUGUGACGCUCGUUUUGCUAUUUCAAAUAUGGCUACAGAAUUUGGUGGUAUUGCUGGUGUAUUUGAAGGUGAUGAGAUUACAGCUGCAUUCAUCGCCAAACGAAAGAAUCCUGUUCAUAAAAAUUCAGCCUUAUAUUUCCGUGCUGAUCCUGACGCGGUUUAUGCUGAAACUCAUAUAAUUGAUUUAUCCAAAGUUGAUUCCCUUGUUGCAUUGUAUCCAUCUCCAGACGAUGUUGUUCCUGCCAAGAGUGUAGAAGGAAAAAAAUUGGAUGGUGUGUUUAUUGGUGCCUGUACAACAGCUGAAGAAGAUUUAAUUCUUGCUGCUUUGGUUCUAGAACAAGGUCUCAAAAAAGGAUAUAGACCUUCCAUCGGUGGUAAAAGACGUGUUACACCGGGUAGUUUACCAAUUAUUGCGAAAUUGCGUCGACUUGGCCUAGUGAAGUUCUAUGAACAAGCUGGAUUUGAAAUUGGAGCACCCGGAUGUUCUUAUUGUAUCGCAGUUGCAGCUGAUAAAGCUGGUGAAGGUGAAAUUUGGCUUAGUAGUCAAAACAGAAACUUUAGAAACAGGAUGGGUAAAGGUGCUAUAGGAAAUUUAGCGUCCGCAGCUACAGUCGCUGCUUCAUCCUUUGAAAUGAAAGUAAAGGAUCCAAGAGAAUUAUUAGAUCUCAUAGAUCCUGAAAAAUAUAAAGAAUAUCUUGAACAGUGGUUAGACCAAGGUUCUUCAUUUGUAAUUUCGGAACCAAAUCCCAUCCUAGCAGAUCCCAAUAAUCCCUCAUCCCUAGGUUCAGAUCUUCCACCACCACCACCUUCAUUCACUGGUUCAAUUACUGGAAAGGUGCAGGUAUUCGAAGAUAAUGUAGAUACGGAUGCCAUUAUUCCUGCUCAAUUCAUGCCUGGUACAAGCGAUGAAGAUCUCGGAAGUCACGCGUUCCAGUAUGUUAGACCCGAUUUUAAUAAAAAAGUAAAAGAAGGGUACAAUAUAGUUGUUGGUGGUAGUGGAUUUGGUUCAGGAUCUUCAAGAGAGGAAGCACCUAGAGCUCUGAAAGGUGCCGGAGUGAAAGCUGUGAUUGCCAAGAGUUAUGCAUAUAUUUAUAGUCGUAAUCAACCAAACAUGGCACUUUUAGGUAUAACGGUAAUCGACGAAGAAUUCUACAAACUCGCACAGGAAGGAACUGAAAUAACAAUUGAAGUUAAAGAACGUAAAGUUAAAUGUUGCGGCAAAGAAUUUGAAUUUGAAUUGUCUGAAAUGGAAGAAAAAUUGAUUGCUGCUGGCGGUGUUACUGAAAUGUAUCAAAAAUAUGGUGCUAAAUUGUUUAGGGCAGCAGUCGCUAGUAGUGAUAUGGGAGGAUCGAGCUGCGCUUCCGAAGCACCGCGGGCUGAUAAAGACUGUGGAACAGGAACAAAAGAAUUGGCUUGGUGA